AUGGCAUCAGAAUGUCAAGGUAAGAGUUCAUGGCCGGAGCUCCUUGGAGCACAAGCAAGAGUUGCUAUAGUGACAAUUGAGGCCCAGAAUCGUUAUGUUGACACUCAGGUUGUGUUGGAAGGAACACCUGUGACUAAAGACUUCUCUUGCACUAGGGUUCGUGUUUGGAUUGACAGAAACAGGAUUGUUACUCGGGUCCCUGUAAUUGGUUAA